GAGUGGGGAGAGAAGAGAAGGAAGGAGAUGGUACGUGCCGACAGCUCUAAACUGAAUGCAGCCAGGAUUGCUAUGUACGGGAGAGUUCAGGGGGGAAAGAGGAGGAAGUCACAGAGGCAGCCCAGGCUCGCAGGAUGGCAAGAGCCAAGCUGAAGAAUUCCCCUUCAGAGAGCAACUCGCACGUGAAAACUGUCCCACCAGCAACGACAGAAGAUGUCCGUGGGGUGAGCCCCUUGCUGCCAGCGCGGAGGAUGGGCUCCUUGGGGAGCGAUGUCGGACAGAGGGUGCAGGUGGAGUUCUACGUCAAUGAGAACACCUUCAAGGAGCGCCUGAAGCUCUUCUUCAUCAAAAACCAGAGAUCGAGUCUGAGGAUCCGGCUGUUCAACUUCUCCCUGAAGCUGCUCACCUGCCUGCUCUACAUCGUGCGCGUGCUGCUCGACAACCCGGAGGAGGGCAUAGGCUGCUGGGAAUGUGAGAAGCAGAACUACACGCUCUUCAACCAGUCCACCAAGAUCAACUGGUCGCACAUCUUCUGGGUGGACAGGAAGCUGCCGCUGUGGGCUGUCCAGGUCAGCAUCGCCCUGAUCAGCUUUCUGGAGACCAUGCUGCUCAUCUAUCUCAGCUACAAGGGGAACAUCUGGGAACAGAUUUUCCGCAUUUCGUUCAUCCUUGAGAUGAUCAACACGGUGCCCUUCAUUAUCACGAUAUUUUGGCCUCCUCUGCGGAAUUUGUUCAUCCCUGUCUUUCUGAACUGCUGGCUCGCCAAGUACGCCCUGGAGAACAUGAUAAACGACCUGCACCGGGCCAUCCAGCGGACCCAGUCUGCCAUGUUCAACCAGGUGCUCAUCCUCAUCUGCACACUCCUGUGUCUCGUCUUCACGGGCACCUGUGGCAUCCAGCAUUUGGAAAGAGCAGGCGAGAAGCUCUCCCUCUUCAAGUCCUUCUACUUCUGCAUCGUCACCUUUUCCACUGUGGGCUAUGGAGAUGUGACACCAAAGAUCUGGCCUUCCCAGCUCCUCGUUGUCAUCAUGAUCUGCGUGGCGCUGGUCGUGCUGCCUCUGCAGUUCGAGGAACUCGUCUACCUGUGGAUGGAGCGGCAGAAGUCGGGGGGCAACUACAGCCGGCACCGCGCCCAGACAGAAAAGCACGUCGUGCUGUGCGUCAGCUCACUCAAGAUCGACCUCCUCAUGGACUUCCUCAAUGAGUUCUACGCCCAUCCACGCCUGCAGGACUACUACGUGGUGAUCCUCUGCCCCACGGAGAUGGACAUCCAGGUGCGGCGGGUGCUGCAGAUCCCUCUGUGGUCGCAGCGGGUGAUCUACCUGCAGGGCUCCGCGCUGAAGGACCAGGACCUCAUGAGAGCCAAGAUGGACAACGGGGAAGCCUGCUUCAUCCUCAGCAGCCGGAACGAGGUGGACCGCACGGCGGCGGACCACCAGACCAUCCUGAGAGCCUGGGCCGUGAAAGAUUUUGCCCCGAAUUGCCCCCUCUAUGUGCAGAUCCUAAAGCCGGAGAACAAGUUUCACGUCAAGUUCGCUGAUCAUGUCGUCUGUGAAGAGGAGUGCAAGUACGCCAUGCUGGCGCUCAACUGUGUCUGCCCCGCCACCUCCACGCUCAUCACGCUGCUGGUGCACACCUCCCGUGGGCAGGAAGGCCAGGAGUCCCCGGAGCAGUGGCAGAGGAUGUAUGGGCGCUGCUCGGGCAAUGAGGUCUACCACAUCCGCAUGGGCGACAGCAAGUUCUUCAUGGAGUACGAGGGGAAGAGCUUCACCUACGCCGCCUUCCACGCGCACAAGAAGUACGGUGUCUGCCUGAUCGGCAUCCGCAGGGAGGAGAACAAGAGCAUCCUGCUGAACCCCGGCCCGCGGCACAUCAUGGCUGCAUCCGACACCUGCUUCUACAUCAACAUCACCAAGGAGGAGAACUCUGCCUUCAUCUUCAAGCAGGAGGAGAAGCAGAAGAAGAAGGGCUUUGCAGGCAGGGGCACCUACGAUGGCCCCUCCCGCUUGCCUGUGCACAGCAUCAUCGCCAGCAUGGGUACAGUGGCCAUGGACCUGCAGAACACCGAGUGCCGCCCCACCAACAGCAGCAAGCUGACACUGCCGGCGGAGAACGGCUCAGGCAACCGCCGGCCCAGCAUCGCGCCCGUGCUCGAGCUGGCCGACACCUCAUCCCUGCUGCCCUGCGACCUGCUCAGUGACCAGUCGGAGGAUGAGAUGACGCAGUCAGACGAGGAGGGCUCGGCGGUGGUGGAGUACGUGAAGGGCUACCCACCCAACUCCCCGUACAUCGGCAGCUCGCCAACCCUGUGCCACCUCUUGCCUGAGAAAGCCCCGUUCUGCUGCCUGCGGCUGGACAAGGGCUGCAAGCACAACAGCUUUGAAGAUGCCAAGGCCUAUGGCUUUAAGAACAAGUUGAUCAUCGUGUCGGCAGAGACCGCUGGCAAUGGGCUGUAUAACUUCAUCGUCCCGCUGCGUGCCUACUAUCGGUCUCGCAAAGAGUUGAACCCAAUUGUGUUGCUUCUGGACAACAAACCGGAGCACCACUUUCUGGAAGCCAUCUGUUGUUUCCCCAUGGUUUACUACAUGGAAGGCACCAUUGACAACCUGGACAGCCUGCUGCAGUGCGGCAUCAUCUAUGCCGACAACCUGGUGGUUGUGGACAAGGAGAGCACCAUGAGCGCUGAGGAGGACUACAUGGCGGAUGCAAAGACGAUCGUCAACGUCCAGACCAUGUUCAGGCUCUUUCCCAGCCUUAGCAUCAUCACAGAGCUGACCCAUCCCUCCAACAUGAGGUUCAUGCAGUUCAGAGCAAAGGACAGCUACUCCUUAGCCCUUUCCAAGCUAGAGAAGAAAGAGCGCGAGAACGGCUCCAACCUGGCCUUCAUGUUCCGCCUGCCCUUCGCUGCGGGGAGGGUCUUCAGCAUCAGCAUGCUGGACACGCUGCUCUACCAGUCAUUUGUGAAGGACUACAUGAUCACCAUCACCCGGCUGCUGCUGGGCCUCGACACCACGCCGGGCUCUGGCUACCUCUGCGCGAUGAAGAUCACGGAGGAUGACCUGUGGAUCCGGACCUACGGGCGCCUCUUCCAGAAGCUCUGCUCCUCCAGCGCCGAGAUCCCCAUCGGCAUUUACCGGACGGAGUCGCACAUGUUCGCCACCUCUGAGCCCCAUGACAUCAGAGCACAGUCACAGAUCUCCAUCAACGUGGAGGACUGCGAGGACACGAAGGACGUGAAGGAGCACUGGGGAAUCAAGACGGGCCACCACAGGAACUCAUGCUCCAGCGACCAGUCCGAGCACCCGCUGCUGCGGCGCAAGAGCAUGCAGUGGGCGCGCCGGCUGAGCAGGAAGGGCAACAAGCACUCCGGCAAGACAGCCGAGUGGAUCAGCCAGCAGCGGCUCAGCCUGUACCGCCGCUCCGAGCGGCAGGAGCUGUCCGAGCUCGUCAAGAACCGCAUGAAGCACCUGGGCUUGCCCACCACUGGGUACGAUGAGAUGAAUGACCACCAGAACACUUUGUCCUACGUCCUGAUCAACCCCCCCCCAGAGACACGGCUGGAGCUGAACGACAUCGUGUACCUGAUCCGCUCCGACCCGCUGGCACACGUGGCCAACGAUGGGCACAGCCGCAAGAGCAGCUGCAGCAACAAGCUGGGCCCCUGCAACCCUGAGACACGGGACGAGACCCAGCUCUGAGCGCGGCCCGGUGCCGUGGGGACGAAAGCGAUGGGACAGCCGGGCAGGCGCCCGCCCAGAGGCACCACGGGGGAGUUUUUAACUUUUUAUACCAAUACCGCAACUAGUGAGAAAGUCUUCGCUGGUGCUGGUGGUGAGACCGAAGCUACAACUCGGCCUCUUUGGGCAGGAGGCCGUGUUCAGAAUUGUCCCCAAACGAUGCGGGCCGUUCGCAUUGGAUGGGGGCACUGCUGAGCCAAGGGCAGCCACCCUGUGCUCGUCCUGCUCCUCUUGGCUGGGUGUCCGGGAUGGAUAGCCCAAAUUUGGCUCUUUCACCCCAAUGCUCUCCUUGCUUCUUGGCUUGUCCUGGGGGCCGCACGGAGACAAUGGGGAAGAAGGGGAUGGUGCAGCCCUUGCAGCACCCAAGCAACAUCGGCAGAUCCCCAAACACACCAAAAAGACAACGAAGUGACCCAAAGCCGUGUGGCACUGCUCUUGUUGCACGCGUCCCGGCUCUGGGGAUACAAGGCUGGCACCCACCGGGGCUCAGUGGCACAGGCACCAGGACAGGGCCGUGUCCCAGCAGCUCCGUGCGGCGCUGCCCAGCCCAGCCCGGCUGCUUUCAGCACAGCGGCCGUGGAGACCUUUCUAUAGCAGAAACACGAGAUGUAUUUUCCAUCUAUUUUUGCACACUUUGCAAUGUCGACAUGUAAAGGGGUUGUGUUUUUGUUUUUGUUUUUUUCCUUUGACCGCCAAGUGAAUAACCCAGUUGUUAACUUUAUAUACUUCUACACUCAUAUACUAAAAUUUAAAUGUGAAUUUUUUUUUUUUUUUUUUUAACAAGAAGCCUACAAAGCACAAUGCAGCCGUGCCCUCCCAGCCCCGCUGCCUGGAGGGGGUUCUGCCAUUCCCAGCUGCCGCCCCUUCUCCAUGGCUCCCAAUAAAUGUUUACAAAACCCUGCUUAAAACUGCGGCACUCCACGAAGGCGCUGAGCUCUGUGCUGCCUGGAAGGGGAGGAAAACCCACCCCACUCCCAGCCCAACGCUGCGGGCUGACAAUUGGACCAGGUCUGGGCUGGGCUUGCUUGUAAUUCCUAUGGAUUCUGCUGCUUUGCAGCCCAGCGUCACCAUCUGGCACGCAGCGGGGGGUGCAGGUGGAAAUACCGGACCCCCCCCCGAGCCCUGCCCUGCACUGAGACGUGGGCAGGACUGAACCCUCCCUGAUUCUCUUUUCGAUGUUGUUUGUUUCGCUUUUAACGAUACGUUUCUUUUCAAUCUCAUGGGCUGCAGCGGUUCGGUGAUUUACCUAUUUCCAUUUUUAAGUUGGGGGUGCCAAAAAGAAUUAAAAAGUAGUUCCCAGAGGAUAAACAGUGAGAGCAGUUGAGCCACAUCUGAGCCCCACAGCGCUCCGUGCCUGCAGGGUCAGCGCACACAGCCAAGCCUGGAGCUGGAGGUUUCCCAUCCCAUAAACCUUUAAGGGAGGGGGGAACAAAGCAGCACUAAACUCCAGCCCAGGACAGGGGACUCAGUGAUCCCUAAGGACCCUUCCACCUCAGUUAUCCCCACGCUGACCAUUCAGAAGGGAACAUUUGAUCUCUUUCCCUACAGCCAGCUGCUCUGUGUGCCUGGGGGCAGCCCAGGGCCCCCCAGCCCCAUCGGACCCCCGGCCCCAGGCCCAGCGAGAGCAUCCCCUGCCCUCACUGUAUUUCAGCACUGCUUCUGUUUGCGUCAUGUACGAAGAUGCGUAUUUAAGCAGAAAAAAAGCUACACCUGUAUAAAUCGUAUACAUUAUUUUUUUUUUUUUUGCAGCCAUGAUUUCUAUGGUGUAAAUUUAUGGCCGACGUUCUACCGGCAUGUUUAAAGAAAAAAAAAAAAAAAAGUACUGUAGAUAUUUACCUGUGGUCAAUGCAAGUCUAAGAACAAACGAACGUUGAGUUUUUCUAACAACUCCUUCGCCUCGGUUACAACGCGAAUGUAAAAACGAGAGUAUUUUAUUUUUGUAACGGUCCUGGCACCACUGACGCGGCACCAAGAACCGCUCCUGCCCUGCCAGGGCUGCCCCAGAGCGGCGGGCGCUGUGCUGGGAGCAGAGGAGGAGCAGGGAUGUGCUGCACCGACUGCUUCCCCAGUGCAGAGCUCUCAUAUGGUUUUACUUUUCCCCCAGUUUUCCCAAUGCAAGCUGAUGGAUUCACCCUCUCUGACCUGAGGCUGGCACGGGCCUGUGCCCAGCACUCCCCAGUCCCAUAGGGGUCGCAGGCAGAGGGCACGGGGCCACCUCUGCUUCCCCCUCAGCUCGCCCCAAUGGGGAGAACUCAGCGCUGCGGCUCCCAGAGUAAGGCAACGCCCUUGGGAACAUGGGAUUGCUGGAAGGAAACGCUUGUAGAGCUGAAAGGCCCCAGGGAAUGCAGACAUGCACAAGAGAGGGCUGCGGCAGCUCCAGGUUUCAUGGCAUCGCGUGUUCCAUGCCCGUCACAGCUCCAUCCUCCAAACACGGACACCCUCACCCCGCACUGCACCGCACACCAAGCACUCGCACACGGCUCAGCACACCUUCCUCCCCCGCUGCCCGUUUUUACCCAUCCAUCCCACCACGGCCUUUGCACUUCCCGUUGGGGGAUCUGCUCUCCAGGUCAGCUCUGCACAGGUCCCGUCAGCCACAGCCGACAGAAAUCGCAUCCUUCCCUCUCCGAGGCCUCAUUCCGGGACACGUCCUCUUGGGGCGCGCUGUAGGCAGCCAACUGGAGCCGGUUUUGUACAAUUAGCGUGAAGACGCUUCACGUUUCUGUAAAGAGAAAUCGAAAUAAAAGAGCUGCAUGC